AGACUUUCUAACAACAGCCAACGCCAAAAUUCCGAAAAUACCCUUAAAUGGUUUCACGUAGAUUAUUUUAUAUUUAGGCGAAAAUUUAAAAACAAGGACCUAAAAAUAGGCAAAAGCCAGCUGCGUUGCGUCUGCUAUUUCUUGUGAACAGAUGACUUUUUAACUAUUUUUGUAACACAACUUAAAUAGAAGGGUAAAUCAGGAAACUUAAGAAAAUGUUUGCAGAAACGGGCAAGGCUCGCAUGUUACAUUGUCCUUCAUGCAUACGCUUUAAUUAGAGCUUUCUCCACUUUCCGUUUUAUAGAUCAAAAUUAAACCAAGUUUUGCUAAACAGUAACAGAGAGAUAAAUAAACAAAUUUAAUUUAGUUGUUUUUUAUAAUCUUCUUGAGCGUGUUGCAUACAAAUAUAUAUAUUUUAAACCUUAUUCGUGGGGAGGAAUGCUUGUAGAUUCCACUUCUCUUCACCUUUUUUUCUUCUCCUCUUCUUCUUCUUCUUGCUCUCCCUAUUUGUUAUUGAAGAUGGAGAGCUACUACAAGUGUAGGUUUUGCUCUAAGAGCUUCUUCAAUGGAAGAGCUUUAGGUGGUCACAUGAGAUCUCACAUGCCGAGUCUUCAUAAGUUUAGCAUUCAAGACGAGGAAGGGGAAAGGGCGAGUCAACUCAAUGAUGAGACAGAGUCAGAUGUUUCUUCGUCUUCCUCUGAAAAAGAAGAGGACAAGAGAAAUGGGUUGAGAGAUAACAAGCAUCCGAUGAUGGAAGACAAUGAAAGCGAGACAGAGUCGUCGAGGAAUAUUACGAACCCGACACGUAAACGAUCCAAGCGAACUCGGAAAAUGGAAACGUUCGCGGCCAAGAAGAGGAAGACGAGUCAACUCGGUUACAAGACCGAGCCUGAGUGCGAACCUCCUCAAAGCUCAGCUUCUGACACAACGACGGAGGAAGAUCUCGCCUUUUGUCUCAUGCUGCUCUCGAGAGACAAAUGGAAGAAGAAGAAGAAGAACAAAGCUAGCAGUAACAAAGAAGUAGUUGAAGAGAUCGAGACAGAAGCAUCAGAAGGUCACAACACAUCGAGCAAGAAAGGAAGAUUCACGUGCGAGACUUGUGGGAAAGUGUUUAAAUCUUAUCAAGCAUUAGGUGGGCACCGAGCAAGCCACAAGAAGAACAGAGUUUCGAACAAAACAGAGCAAAGAAGCGAAACAGAGUAUCCAGAGAAGAGAAUCCAUGAAUGUCCGAUAUGUCUUAGGGUUUUUGCAUCGGGACAAGCACUUGGAGGUCACAAGAGAUCUCAUGGAAUUGGGAACUUGUCUGUAGAUCAUCAUCAUCAAGUACGAGUGGAUUCAGUGAAACAGAGGACGAUAGAUCUUAAUCUUCCUGCACCAACCGAUGAAGAAGAAGUCUCUGUUGUGUUUCAGUAAAUACUGAAUAAAGGUAACUAAUAACAGGCUUUGCGUGAUUCGGGUCGUCCAAAUUUUCGUAAAGUUUGAAUCUUUUUUUUAUAAUAUUGUUGGGGUCGAAGUUGAACUAGAAAAAUGUCAUUUAAAAUGCAAAGGAGGCCACUUUUACAUGUUCUAACGCCAAUUCUUUUUUUCGUAUUGGCCUCACGUCGUGUUGCCUAACCAUAUCAAUCAAAGAACAAUCAAAUAAGCUUGGUUUAUAAACUUCUCAUGUAUAUGUUUAUGCUGUAUAAUAUUUUAUAAUUUUGGGGAGUUCUUACUACUACUUUGUUA